AUGGCAUCCACAAAGCAAUCACAGAGGUUGCUUGCACAAUUCGCCAGCUCUCGAACUAGAAUCGCCAUCACCACCAAGCAGCCACAGCUUCAAUUCGGUCGCAGACUCGUCUCCUCCUCUUCAAAGUCCCAUUUCAAGGGUCAACAAUCCGGUGCCGUUUAUAGCCGCUUCCUCAUUGGCGCAAUUGGUCUCGCUGCUGCAGCUCCCAUCGCCUACAAGAUGGCCGUCCAAGAACCCUUCCAACUCGAUCCGCCGACCCUGGCCGAGCGCGAUGCCCUGACCAAGCGGGAGUCCGAAGUUACCGUCGACUCGCCCAUGCGCCUGCGCAUGGAAAAGUUCAUCAAGGAACAGCAACAGAUCAUCGUCAAGGAGCUCGAAAAGGUCGACGGCACCAAGUUCCGCAAGGACGAGUGGAACCGGAAAGAGGGCGGCGGCGGCAUCACCUGCGUGCUCCAGGACGGCAACGUCUUUGAGAAGGGCGGCGUCGGCGUGUCCGUCGUCUACGGCACCCUCCCCAAGCCCGCCAUCGCCAAGAUGCGUGUGAACCACAAGAACCUCGACGACAACGUCGAAUCCCUCCCCUUCUUCGCCGCCGGCCUCAGCAUGGUCCUGCACCCCAAGAACCCCAUGGCCCCGACGGUCCACCUCAACUACCGCUACUUUGAGACUUCGAACCCCGACGGCACCUCCCAGGCUUGGUGGUUCGGCGGCGGCAGCGACCUGACCCCGUCCUACCUCUUUGACGAGGACGCUGUGCACUUCCACAAGACGCUCAAGGAGACGUGCGACUCGCACGACAAGAGCUACUACCCGCGCUUCAAGAAGUGGUGCGACGAGUACUUUUACAACAAGCACCGCGGCGAGUGCCGCGGCGUCGGCGGCAUCUUCUUUGACGACCUCGACGAGACCGAAAAGGACCGCGAGAACACUUUUGCCUUCAUCCAGGACUGCCUCAAAUCCUUCCUGCCCGGCUACCUCCCCAUCCUCGAGAAGAGAAAGGACAUGCCCUUCAACGAGGCCGAGAAGGACUGGCAGCAGAUUCGCAGAGGCAAGUACGUCGAGUUCAACCUUGUCCACGACCGCGGCACCGCCUUUGGCCUCAACACCCCCGGCUCCAGAGUCGAGAGUAUCCUCAUGAGUCUGCCCCUGACGGCCAGCUGGAAGUACAUGCAUGAGCCCGAGCCCAAGAGCCGCGAGCAGCGCCUCGUGGAUGUCCUCAGAGCGCCCAAGGAGUGGGGCGUACAAUCCGGAGCCAAAUUCGGUGACUAUGGGUUCUGGCUGAUGAGCCUUACACCUGUGAACCAGGCAGCACAUUACAAACCUCGAUCAAAGCAGGGCGAGAAGGGCUACGCCAUGUCUUCUUUCUCACCGGCAUCAACGCAGUCAGACACCCUGCCGACACCCCGCGUCCUCAUCACCAACCUCAUCAACUCUCUCACCUCGGCCCCUCUACCACCGCCAGGAAACACCGCAGCCGACGCAGCAAACCCCCUCAAAACCCUCCCGCAACCCCACCGUCCGCUCCUGGUAACCCUCCACGUCCUCUUUCCCUCCCUCCUUCUCCCGGCCCUGGACCUCCUAGACCGGAACCUCGUCACCCGCGCGGUCCCGGAGGCCACCACCCCUCCCUCCGCCGCCCUCGGCCGCGGCCACGACCACCGAGAAGGAAACAACAACCCCACCAACCCCGCACCCGCCGCCCGCCAACGUCAACCCGGUAUCGAUCCCAACGACGCCGCGUCCGAAGCGGCCGCCGAUGGACAGGGGUCACCACCACCACCCCGCCUCCAACCAGCGACAAACCAAGCUCCGUCAGCCGCCGCCGCAUUCCACCUCGUCCGCUCCGUAGCCUCAACAAUGACCCGCAGACACCACGCCGUCGCGACAUCAGCCUCCGCGUCGACGACGUACCUCGUCCACCUCGACGCCUGGAACUGCUCCUGCGCCAACUUUGCGUACGAAGCGUUUCCGACGGUCGUCAGCGCCAGCAGCGGCGGCAGCAGCGGCGGCGGGGGCCACGACGUACGUUCGGACCCGGUCAUCAUGGGCGCAGAUGAAGUCGAGAACGACGGGGAGGACGACGACCGCGAGGCGAGCGACUGGCGGUUUGGAGGCCUGAGCCUGGACGGCGUGGAUGAUGGCGGUGUGCCUUGCUGCAAACACCUGCUCGCUUGUCUUCUCUCCGAGCAGUGGGCGGAUACUUUGGGGAAGUAUGUCACUGAGAGGAGAGUGAGCAGGGAGGAGAUGGCGGGGUUAGUUGCGGAUGUGUAG